AUGGCCAUGGCACGAAUGCUCGGAGUGGUGUGCGGGGUGGCUCUAGGAGUCUUCGCCUUUGUGGAGACUCAAAAGGUCAUGGCAAAGGAUCCUGCGAUCCAAAAGUUUCAAAAGUUCUGCAUCGCAGGAAAUGCUACUGCACUUGAGCAGGCGGGCCUCCAUGACUAUGAGCCCAUGCUGGGUGGCCCCUUCAUUUGCAUCCUCACAAAUUUCGUCUACGUGCUGGCCGCUGAGCCAGCUGGUCUUCUGGUUUGGGGUCUCAUUUCCACGCUGGUGUUCCCCUUAACACUGCUGAUCUAUGCUGAAGCCGGCCGCGGCGGCGCGAAGGGGCCGGUGAAAUGGCCCAUCAUGACCCUGCUGUUGGGCCAACUGCUGGGCAUCAGCGUGAUUUUUCCAUCCUUCUGGGUCCCCAGCGCCUUGCUGGGCCAGGGAAGUGGCUCCACAGUGAAGGGCCGUGUUUGGAUGGCCAUGUUUUUGGUGCUGCCGAUUACUUUGGUGGAAGCUUUCGUGUUCUUCGGCGAUGCUCAUUCGUACCCUGAGAAUGACGGCCGGUAUCUAGUUGACUGGCACGGUUUGGAAGAGGUUUUUGUCGCCAACUGGGAGGGGGGAUAUUACUUUCUCAUCUACCAGGGGCUCCAGGCCUUCUCCACCUCCGCCGACUUCCUGGACGCCAUUUGGGGACCCAAGGCCCACGGCUCCGUAGCCUUCAUGACGGUGGACUCCGGCGCUUUGCUCUUGUACGUGCUGAUGACCUGUGAUACUUUAUCCUCCAUCCUAGCGUUGCUGCUGACGCCUUUGCUUGGCCCCGGCUGUGCGGUGGCUUUCGCGCUCGCGCGCCGCGAGAGGAUGCGACUGGCAGAGCUGGCUGGUGAGGGACGCCAAGUUGAUGGAUGGACCUUGCCAUUCGCCAUUUUGGUGAACGAUGGCCGGGAAGCUCAACAGCAUAAUGGCUCAGUGAAACUGGAUGUGAAAGUUGCCAAAGUGGGCAGCAGCUCGCAAUGCAACGAUGUUCUUUGCCCCCGCUUGACGGAAGAGUUCCUCGGAAAGCUUUGUGAGUGCAAACCUGUGCUCCCCCAUGGAAGCCGGACCCCACCGAGGCAUCGAAACUGGAUGCGUUAUAGCGUGUGGCAGAUUCUGCCGGCUUCGACUGUCAAGACCUUGGAGAUUGAAAGCAGUAUUGCGACCGAAGGCAUUGCUGAGCUCACGGAAAAAGCAAACAUGUUGUAUCAUUUGGGUUUUGAUGGAAUUUCCCGUGAGGCACCGCAGGUCUCUGCAGGUGUAGAUGGUAAAGAUGGUGUCCCGAACGCGGCCCGGCGGCAUUUCGGCUUCAACUUGAAAGGGGUAAACCUCCUUCAAGCACCCCAUUCCUGUCACAUCUUCCAUACCGAAGCGAUGGGGCGAUCCCAAUCGCUGCCCACCUUGCUUUCGUUCUGCCUCGGUGGUGUGGCCUUUUUCGACUUCUUCGCGACACAGAAAGACGCGCCGGAGAAGGGCGAGGUGCCCACGGCCAGCUAUGGCCAGCUGAAAGUGCUGAAUGGCCUCCGGAAAUGGGACAAAGCCGAGGAGAGAUGGACACAGUACUCCAGGGAGACUGGCUUUUCCGAUUCGACGAUGCCAGCCAACUUGGUGCAAGACUUCAUUCUGCAGCCGGAGAACUACAAGACCAACCUCUUGAAGAGCUUUGCCUCCUUGGCCAAGCUCCCAUCGCUUCAAGUGGAUGCUGACGAGGACGAGAUGGAGUAUGGAGGAUUCAUGGACUCCAACCGCUUCGGCAUGGUGAAGAGUGACAAGCAGCUGGAGGCCCAACAAGCUGAGUUAGCAGGCCAAGUGCGGAGAUUCAUCGCAGCCAAGUCUGAAAAUGCUGCAGAAUGGGAAUCCUUUUGCUUGGACCGUUGGGACCCGGACGACGCGGACAGCCGCGCCGUGCGCGGCGAGAUGGCUAGCCGCAGCGAGUUGGGGCGCCGCAAGACGGCCUUGGAGUCCUGGUUGGACGCGGAGACGGGCAAAGCACCGCCUUCGGGUGAGAAGUGGGGCGUUUGA